CACGAUAGUAAAUAAAAUAUAUAAAUAAAUCAGGGACACAGAAGUCAGUCUAUCUAUUUAGAUAUAUACUGUGUGACUCUAUCUAACCUAACCGCGGGUAUAAAUGUGUCUCGUCUGGUACAAAUAGCCAUAGGAUUAACUGCUACCAUUUAUACGAAACAGAAAGUACUCUUUGGCUUUUAUUAGUAUAUCUGAUAUAUAGCGUCGUCUAAGCCUUACGUUUUUGAGCCAACCGCAGACACAAGCAACACUUACAGUUCAUAUUAGUUCACGGAGAAGACCCUCUCAGAACGGUCUGAUUUCGCUACACACAAUGUCGCAAGAUGGAGAAACUACAGUACUCACGGAGCAGCUUAUACUGCACAAAGCUGCGAGAAAGCACGUAGACUGUGUCAAGAGUCUCAACUUAGAAGGAGAAAAGCUCAUAACCAUUGAUGCGAAGAUCAUGGCUACCAUGCCUAAGUUAACACGAUUGGAUCUCUCUCACAAUAAGCUCACUGAGCUAGACUUCAAAGCCGAAAACCUGACGUAUCUGGAUGUAUCGAAUAAUAUCAUCCCUUCGCUGGAGGCAUUACAUUUAGAGAACUUCCCGGCACUCACCACUCUGAUUAUCCUGGGCAAUCCAAAACUGGCGAGUGUGAUCAAAAAGGACGCCAAGAAGUACAAUCCAACCAUUGAAAACUUCAAUGGUUAUGAACAGCGGACAGACAACGGAUCGUGUGUAGUGUGCGGACUGGAUUCUCCAGACGAUAAAAUCCUGAUGUGCGAUGGUUGCGAUGAUUUCUACCACAUCUGGUGUGGCGAUGUGGUGCUGGAUGCCAUUCCCGAGGCCGACUGGCUGUGUCCGUACUGUGUCUUUGUCUCAAAUGAUGAGAAACGUCGCCUCGCAGAGGUCAAGUCACGCGCCGCAAGUGCCACCCCUUUGGCCAUCGACUCUUUCAAACACGGUCUGAAGAUGGAGGCGCUCUUACGCAUUCAUUCGGAUCCCAAGGGCAAGAACAAAGAACGGGACGAUGGUACAGAGGUGUGGGCGUGUGCCUUCCAUCCUCAUGUGGAGGAUCAACGAAUUGCGGACAAUGUGGUAGCCAGUUGUGGGGGUCAUACACUGUGCGUGACAAACAUUGCUACAAUCUCAGUGCUGUUCAAGCUGUCAGAUGUCGGCGACCAAUUGACCGCUCUCACUUGGCUUCAGGAUGGAAGAAGUGCUAAUCUUGGUUACAAGAGUAGUGCGGGCUUGCAUGUGUUAGCGGUAGCUGGAAAGUCAGGCAACGUGCGCCUAGUCGAUCCGUGGACGCGCAAGGCCUUCGAUCUUCUCACUGGCAAUGGGGAAAAGGUCGUCUGUCUAGAAGCACAUCCCGACAAGAAGAACUGGUUAAUAGUUGGAGGGGAGAACCAGAUCGAUCUGUGGCAAAUUGGUGCCCCUGCGAUUCCGGGCGAGAGCGAAGCAAUGGAGUCUGUGCGGUUGUGUCGUAUAAUGCUGCCGCAAAAAGUAUACACUGUCUGUAUGCCGCCGUUUGAGCGCAUGAGUCAGACCUCUACCUUUAUCAUUGUUGGCGGGGAUGAAGGGUAUCUCGCUAAGUGGCGUAUAGACGACAACGAUCAGGGAGGCAGGCCGGCCAAGCGCAGCAAAUUAUCCCCCAGUGAUUCAGAUGAUCGCUUUUCGUCGAGUGAGGUGUAUCUCUACGCUGAGGAUUCGGUGCACAGAGCAUGUCCGAUUGAUCAGAUUCUGUACGUCAAGAACAACCACGUAGCCUCUAAGAGUGCACAUGAUGGUCGCAUUGUGCUGUGGGACCAUGUGGUAGCCACCGAUGCACGUGCGGUCAAGAAACGAGAUCACAUUCAUGGCAUACUUAACCACUCGCUAUCGCACAAAUUUUUCUACAAAGCCGCCGUGACUGAUGAUGGAUCAACCUUGAUUUCUGGCGAUAUGGAUGGCAAGCUCAAAAUCUACGACAUGGCCAGCAAACUGCGUCCUUACCUUGCGAUACCUCCUUGCCAAGUAUUGCAAUACGACAAUCCGGGUCUAAGAAUGCCUCUGCGGUGCAUAGCCAUUUCUCCGUCGGAGAAGUAUGUGUGUGGUGUUACGGGGUCGAAUAUGCUUGCCGUUUGGGUCAGGAAUGUUGAUUUGGAAUGAGGUUGUUGCGGGUAGAAAAUCUUCCGGCAGAGAUAAUGAUGCAAGAUGUUGUUUUACUGACUAUCAUGACCACAUUCGGCGUUUAUGUACUUUCGAGGUUGGACUCUGGACAUAUCAUACCAAUCACAACUAUGGCAUAACCAAUGUGUUGUAUCUGUAUCCCGGCUCAUCACAUUAGCGUUUGGCUAUCGGUAAGUAUCGGUAUCGGACAGUAUCGGAAAAUCGAUAUAAAUCGGGACCGAUACCCAGUAACGGGUAUCGGGAUAUCGAUAUUUUUCGCUAAUAGAAAGUAUCGGGGUAUCGAUUCGGGGUUAAAAUUUUGGCCCAAAUACCGAUUUUGUUGCCGAAUUUCGAGUAUCGGUAGAGUAUCGGUGUUUAUCAGGUAUCGGUAAAAUUGACCCGAUACACUCCGAUUUUAAAAUAAUGGUAUCGGUGAUUCAGGACGAUGAUAUGGUACAAUUGACGGAUACACUCCGAUUAUCGGUGAUUCAGACCGAUGGUAUCGGUAAAAUUCACCGAUACACUCCGAUUUAUUUAUUUUAAAGUAUCGGUGAUUCUCAAGGGCGGCCCGGGGCCCCCGACCCGCCCCGCCCGGCUAAGCUCAAUACGUUAUUAUGAGUUGCAACUUUCAUUAAGCCUCGAG